UGUCUUGACCCUCUUCACCCUCUCUUCUUCAUCUCCGCUUUGCUACAUUAAUAAAAGCUAUCGCUGCCAUGGGCCACUUUGUCGUGCUUGCUACAUGCUCUCUCAACCAAUGGGCCCUUGAUUUCGACGGCAAUCUUGAGCGCAUCGUUCAAAGUAUUCGCAUAGCUAAAGAACGCGGCGCCAAGAUGCGCGUUGGCCCAGAGUUAGAAGUGCCUGGGUAUGGCUGUCUUGAUCAUUUCCUUGAGGGCGAUACCUACCUUCAUUCAUGGGAAGUAAUGGGAAAGAUCCUGCAAGAUACAACGUGUCAUGGCAUCCUCCUCGAUAUCGGAAUGCCCGUCAUGCACCGCAAUGUCAAGUACAAUUGUCGCGUCCUUGCUCUCGAUGGAAAGAUCCUCAUGAUCAAGCCUAAGGAUGCUUUGUGCAAUGAUGGUAAUUACAGAGAGAUGCGAUACUUUACACCCUGGAACAAACCACAGCAAAUUGAGCCCUUUAUCUUGCCACGCUUCAUCGCUGCCAUCUGCGGUGAAACAGAAGUACCAUUCGGCGAUGCAGUCAUCAGUCUACGGGAUACAGUAGUUGGUGCAGAGACGUGCGAAGAGCUCUUCACACCACAGAGCCCUCAUAUCAACAUGUCCCUUAAUGGUGUUGAAAUUUUCACCAAUUCGAGUGGUUCGCACCAUGAACUCAGAAAGCUCAAUCGACGCGUCAAUCUCAUGAAGGAAGCCUUGCAAAAGUGUGGCGGCAUCUACCUCUAUGCAAAUCAGCAAGGCUGCGACGGUGAUCGCCUUUAUUAUGACGGAUGUGCUAUGAUUGUGCUCAAUGGACAAGUCCUUGCACAGGGGUCUCAGUUCUCUCUCAAUGAUGUGGAAGUAGUCACCGCAACUAUCGAUUUGGAAGAGGUCAGAGCUCAUCGUGUCGGUAUUUCGCGUGGCAUGCAAGCAACUCGAGCACCCCCGUAUCCUCGUGUCGCUUGCAAUUUUGCCUUGUCGAGCCCAGAUUCGUUGUAUGACUUGAGCCUAAUGCCAACGAAGAUACGAGAGGUGCACUAUUACUCACCAGAGCAAGAGAUUGCUCUGGGUCCUGCUUGUUGGAUGUGGGACUACCUGCGACGCUCAAAGCAAGCUGGCUUCUUCAUUCCACUCUCUGGCGGUAUUGACUCGUGUGCAACAGCCAUGAUCGUCUUUUCAAUGUGCAAGCUUGUAUAUGAUGCCUAUCAGGCUGGAAACGAACAAGUCAAGCGGGACGUUGCCUAUUUGACGAGAGAUAUACAGGUUUGGGCAUUCUCGAGUCCACAAGACUUGGCGCGUGUGAUCUUCCACACUACAUACAUGGGUACCGUCAAUUCGUCCAAGGAAACACGUUCCAGGGCCAAGGAUCUCUCCAAAGCAAUCGGUGCAUAUCAUAUUGACAUGAACAUGGACACGGUCGUGACCUCGGUACGCGAUUGCUUCACGGCAGUGACAGGCUUCACUGCUCGUUUCCGGUCAGAUGGCGGUAGUCCACCCGAAAAUCUAGCACUGCAAAACAUCCAAGCACGGCUACGUAUGGUUCUUGCUUACCUGUUCGCACAGCUCUUGCCGUGGACGCGUGGACGUUCUGGCAGUCUGUUGGUCCUUGGCAGUGCCAAUGUGGAUGAGACAUUGCGUGGCUAUCUGACCAAGUACGACUGCUCUUCUGCAGACAUCAAUCCAAUUGGAGGCAUCUCCAAGACGGAUCUCAAGGCAUUCAUCCACUAUGCUGCGUCUGCUCCUGAAUUUACGCUGAUUGAUGGUACACCAUUCAGUCUGCUCGACGGUUUCAUCACGGCAGUGCCUACCGCAGAGCUGGAGCCGAUCACGAAGGACUAUGUCCAGUCUGACGAAGCAGAUAUGGGCAUGACAUACCCAGACCUCUCAACAUUUGGCAGGCUACGUAAAAUUGAACGACUCGGACCGUACAGCAUGUUCACCAAACUCGUGCAUGUCUGGACACACUUGAGCCCAAUGCAGGUGGCGGAGAAGACGAAGCUAUUUUGGCGUAUGUAUGGCAUCAACCGGCACAAGAGCACGACACUCACCCCUGCGUACCAUGCAGAAGGCUACUCACCUGAUGAUAAUCGCUUUGACUUGCGGCCGUUUUUGUACAACGCGACGUGGAGCUGGAGUUUCCGGAAGAUUGACGAGGUGAGCAGUAAGAUGCGUCGCCAGGAUUAGUUCAAGGUGUAUAUAGCCAGGUAGAGCAGCCAAUGCACAAACGGCCCCUUUAAAAGUCAAUUUGGUUCCAAG